GGUGAAGGGCACCGAGGCUGUAGAUGCAGCUGAGCCGAGCGUGGCUGCCUGUUGCAGAGACCGAUGGCAGGAGGACGACCCAAACCGUGAGCAUAUCGAGCCCUCCUGGCUCCCCCGAGCGCAGCGCAGCCACCCCGAUGGCGUCCGCUACUGCCGUGCCUGUAGGAUUUCACUAUGAAACCAAAUACGUAGUGCUCAGCUACCUGGGCCUUCUAGCACAGGAGAAGCCACAGGAGCAUCCUCCUCCUCCUCCUCCAACUCAAGGGACUCAACAACAGCUUAUGGCACAACAUGCUCUGGAGAAAGAGGCUUUGGAGAAGAUUAAAAUAGAAAUCGAGGAGGAGCUAAAACGUCUUGAUGAAGAAAUCUUGGAAGCAUUUACCACUACAGGCUUUGACUGCCACACUUCCCCAGUGUUCAGCCCUGCCAACCCAGAGAGCUCCAUAGAAGAUUGCCUGGCUCAUCUGGGGGAGAAAGUGUCCCAGGAACUGAAGGAACAUCUGCACAAAGCACUGCAGACCUUGCUUAGCAAGCCGGUGACGUAUCAGGAGUAUCGGGAGCGCACGCACGAGGCAGCUGCUCAUGCCAGUGGGUGGAACAAGGUCUUGGUGCCCCUGGUUCUGUUACAACAAUUUCUGAUGGAGCUGACCAGAAGGGGCCAGGAACCACUGAGUGCUCUUGUGAACUUUGGGGUGACAUAUCUAGAAGAUUAUUCUGCAGAUUAUAUCAUUGAACAAGGAGGAUGGGGAACAGUCUUCACUUUGGAAUCUGAAGAGGAAGAGUAUCCCGGGCUGAUUGCAGAGGACAGCAAUGACAUCUACAUCCUGACCAGUGACAACUCAGGGCAGGUGAGCCCCCCGGAGUCCCCCACGGUGACCACGUCGUGGCAGUCGGAGGGCCUGCCCGUGUCCCUGUCAGCCAGUCAGAGCUGGCACACGGAGAGCCUGCCAGUGUCCCUGGGACCUGAGUCCUGGCAGCAGGUGGCCAUGGAUCCCGAAGAGGUCAAAAGCCUGGACAGCAACGGAGGGGCUGAAGAGAGGAGUGAGAACAACUCUUCCAACUCUGACAUUGUUCACGUGGAGAAGGAAGAGAUACCAGAGGGGAUUGAGGAAGCAGUGGUGCCAGCUGGUGCUGUAGAGACCAUACAGGCAGCCUUUCCAGAAACCUCUGCUUCUUUACAGGAAAUAAAACCUCCUGAAAUUGCUGCUGCUGAAAAAGCACAUCCCUCUGCACUUCUGCGUACAAAACAGGAGGAAAAGGGAAAAGCAGCUGAAGAGCUUGUUGAACCUGAAAUCCCCGUGUUAAGUAAACCUGUCCCAAAGUUAGCCCCAUCAGAAGAAAAGGCUGCACCAGAACCUGAGAAAAUAGUGCUUCCAGGGGAAAAAAAAGCAGGGAAAGAGGGCCAUUUGGAAGAAAUAGAAGAGAAGUCCUCGGCUGCAGAGGAGAAGCCUAUCCUGUUGCCAGAAGGGAAAUCCAUACUGCUGUACGGCGGGGCUGCCGCGGUCGCUAUAUUGGCCGUGGCAGUCGGAGUAGCGCUGGCGCUUAGGAAAAAGUAACGGAGCUCUCUGAGGAGGAGGGAGGAGAGAAGAGAGCACAUCCAAUUUUUGUAGUUGUGUUACCUAAAGGUUGAGCUGCCUGCUGUUUAAUUGGACAUUUGAGUAACUCAGUGGUGAUGAGGUGAGGUUGUUCAAUAAGCCUCCAGCUACGGACAAUCAUGUUUUUAGUAGAAUCGGGGCGGGGACUGGUUUUUCGUGAUUAAAGUACGGGGGUAUUUUUAAAAAAAAAAAACAAAAAAAUCUGCAAAUUUAAGAACUUAAAGUGCAGGUGCUGAAGAAAGGGGUGCUCAUACUCUAGGAACUGGAACAAAAAAUCCCCAGGGGAAGGGGAGAGCCAGCUGCUGCCAGCCCCUGGAGAUUUUGGCUUCUCAGAUUGACCGCUAUUGCAGCUGUGCUGUCUUGUCAUUUCCCGUUGUGCCCCCGAGCUCCUCCUAACCAACAUUAGCAACCUGAGUCCUGUAGCGAGAGGCUGGUGUCCCUUUUGUCUCAGCUUCCUCUCAGGUACAGCACUGCUCCUCAUAACCUUCCAGGUUCCUCCUAAGCCCCAGUGGGACAGUGCUUAUUCUUACCUCUUGGCUCACACUGGUUUUGGCCCCUAACGUUUACUGGAGCCCCAUCCUGUGAAGAUGCUGCCUCUCUCUAGCUGUAUUAUCUCUGAGCAUCCUGGUGUUGCUGGGGCAGAGGUGCUGCCCAGGAGGGUGGGAGGGACACUGCUGUUUGCUGGUUUGAGAAUCCAUUUGCUCUGCUCCUGCCCAGCCCACUUUACUGCAAACCCUUCAGUUACCAGAGGUACGAAAUUGAUGCUGGACACGGUGCCCUUGGGAUCGCUACUCUGAUAUCUGGGGUAUAUUCAGCAAAAAUACAGCAAACCCGUGUGGAAGCAAGGCCAGUGCCUCAAGUGCAAUUCAGAUAUUAAAUGCUCUGCUGUCCUGUGUCACGCUGCAGUCUGCAUUGUCUUUCCCAAGUUAAGCACAGAGUGUAUUUAGUCCUAACUUGGUCUUGCCUGUGACAGCAUCCCAGAUAUAUAAAGCAAUGGAUUCUAGUAACUGAGCAAAAGAGCAUUAAACAUCUCUAUCUGCUUGUUCCUGACCUGGCCCAGAGUGCUGUUCAGUGUGACUUCUGCAACUGUGAAUCUGUAAUUACCUCAACUUACAGGUUCACAAAUCAUGAGCAAUUAACUUUGGCAAAAAAAGGAAAUCCCCCUUCCUGCAGUCACAGCACUUGAGGUGUGUGUGGAGAGAAGCCUUUCAGGUAUUGCCCUGCUCCUUAGUGGGAUCCAGCUGCAAGUGUUCCUCCUUCAGCACAUUGCCUGUCCUUGUCCAGCUGCAGCUCCGUGGGCAACACCUUGGGCUUCCCAGGCAGAACUGAUGGAUCUCUGAGGGUUGGUGCUGGCACUGUGGCUUAGACCAGAUGGAGGAAGGUGAAAGGGAACUUGUGAUAAUGUAAAAAACAAAACAUGAGCUUAUGGGGAAGUCUUUGCAAAGCACAAAGACAAGGUACUUUUAUUUCUAAAUAACCAUAUCCUGAUGAGCCUGUUUCUUAAGGGAUCUCAGAAUGAAGAGAUCUUCGCAUAUUCUCUAUCUUAGGAUAUUCUUGCUGUAUUUUCCUAUCCCAGGAUGCUGGAAAGUUAGUCAGAAUGUAUCAGAUUCUGAGGAAUUAUUUUUGUGUAAGCUUUUGUGAAAUGGAUUUUCUAGAAAACUUACUGGAUUUUGAACUGUGUGUGUGUGAAGUUGACUAUUAAGAGGAAGGGUUGUGUGUAUACUGCAGCUGUGGACUGAACUUGGAGCUCUGGAGUUCUGGACUGUACUGUUGAUCAUUGAUUGCUCUUCUUCCAUGUAUAAAACAUAGCAAGUUGGCCUUAUCAGAAAAAAGAACCCCAAAUCUUUUAUCGCAUUUCAAAAUGGAAUUGACUCUUUUUUUUUGCCAUUUUCUGGUGCCCUGCUGGUACUUAUUGCUGUGCUGUGUCCCAGAAGGGGUCAUUGGGACCUCCUCAUCCCACAGGGGCUCUCUGGUGUCUGCCUCCCCACCAGGGCAGUUCCCCUCCUGGCCCCUUGCAGGAGCUUCCCUACGUGGAGGAGAGGUCUCUUCAUCUCCAUCUGUCAUGGACAUGCAGGAACAGUUUUGUUUCAUUUCACGUGUCCUGUUUAUUGUGAGUAGUACACUCCCUGAGGUGGCAAGGGCAGCUUUAUUUAUUGCUUGGUCAGUUGGAGCAGGGCUGCCCCUCUCUGUGCUUUGCUGAAGGCUUUGGGUUCCUCUCUGGGCACAAACUGUUCUUCCUGAAGGCAAUGAAGCUGCUUUUGGUACAGCCCCACCUCUGGGCACCCAGCAGGUUACUCUGAGGCAGAGAUGGAGUCUGAGGACACUCUGGAUAAUUUGUGUACCAGUGGGGGAGGGUGGAGCUGGUGUGAUUCAUCUUCUCUGUGGAUAGGGUUGUUUCAGUAGUAGUGUGGAGAUGGGUAGAGGACAAACAAGAAUAAAUCCAAGCUGGCAAGGGAAGAAGUUAAAAACUUUCUGCCACAAGGAGCCCAGUGGGGCAUGAAAUAAAAAGCAUCCAUGCACAGCAGUGAGAAGGUGGCAGCAGUGGUAAGGAAAAGAAGUGACUGUGUCAGGCAUUUCCGUGGUCAGGCAGAAGCCUUGAGUACCUGUGUGUUGCUGCAUUUCAUGGAGCAUCAGUUGCACUGUGUUUUGGUUACUUGGUCCUUUGUUUAUAAUGUUCUUUUCCUUCUGGGGUCUUUUAGAUUUGGCAAAUCAGUGAGAAUUUGAACUGACCACAUGUUCAAAAAAUUUAUUGCAUGAGUCUCUUUCCUCUGGGAGCACUCCACUAGUUAAAAAGGUCAGCUGUGGGGUAGAAUUCUGCAGAGUUUGGAGUCCUGUGGUCAGAGCUGGGCCAGGCCUUGUGGAAGGCACCAAAGGGGGGUAAGCUCAGAUGGCAGUGUUCCUACAGACCUGAGUGAGAGGCUGCUCUGUUAAGAGGUGAGAAUUAGAAAAUGGAAGUUUUCUUCCCCCAUCUUCAAGUAUAUUACAGUAACCUUAAACUGCAGGCUCCAGUUACCCUGGAAGGUGUGAUGCAGCCUCUCCUUAGUGGAUCUCUCCUAGCUGGCAGAGGGGAAGCAGGAGCUAUACACUUGCAAAAGGGCAUAUAGAAUUACUUCCACUUGUGUUGCUCAUCCCCUUCUCAGAAGUGCCUCAAUAUCUGUCCUCUAGUGGCCUGUACUUUAACAAAAUAUCUACCUUAGACCCAUUCUGUCUUCACUUUAUCCUUAGCAUACCCUAAAGCUGAGAUGCUAAAACAGCAGAGGGCUGGAUCUGUGAAAAAAGUGGGAAAUACUUAAGGAACUGCAGUGGGCAGCAUGCUCAAUAAGGAGCUGUCAAGGGAAAGACUUUCAAGGUAAGGUGCAACUUAAUUCAGCUGUGCUUAAUUCUAAGCUCUGCUUAGCUGGGCAUUGUGGGAGCUGGGCAAGGACCUUCUUCAGCUGGCACUGCAGGAACAAGAGGCUGAGAGCAAAGACAGAAUUCCUGUGUUGCCCAAAAGCCCAGAGUGCAGAUGAGGGCCCUGUCCCAGCCAGCUGCAGCUCCUGUGUGCUGGGUGGAGCCUGCUGGGCUCCUGAGGCCCCUGAGCUGUGGGGCAAGUCAGCACUGCAGGAAUCCAUCCUUGCUGUUUGUGAGGGCUUCGUUUUUCACUCUGGCUGUGCUCAGGCAGCUGCAGCUCAAGUGCCAGGUGGAAGCUGCAGUGCUGAGUGCUCUUACACAGGACAAGUUUUGCUGCCAGAAUCCCAUUUCCUUCCUUUCCCCUGAUCACAGCUAGGCUAAAAUGCUGGACUGGAUUUUUAAAUUAAUCAAUGCUUUCUAGUGGUCACAAAUGAAAAGUUUAAUUAGUACUAAACAAGCAAGCUGCUGAAGUUUGGUCUUCUUUCAUCGUAAUGAUUGUAGAAGAUAAAAUAAUCUGAGGUUAUAAACCUUCCCUAUAUUCAGUGUCAGUUACAGGGUUAUGGCAGUACUGGCAAAGCCCUAGUAAAGUAGAUUAUUGCUGUUCUGGGAAAAACUAGAAAUGCUUCUGGCUCUGCAGUCACUAAGCCAGAGCAAGUUCCUGUUAGAGUUUCAGAGUGUAAUUACUACAAUCUUUUGUUGUGAAAUGGGGGACUGGGUGGAGAGGUGCACGUGGCUGGCCUAGGUGUGAUGCCUACAGGCAGCAGAAAGCCCAGGGCUUCAGUAGAAUGUCAUAUUUUGAGCUUUGUGUCUGCUCUUGUUGGAGCACAAUGGGAGAAAGUAUUUCCAUUGAUGGUCUGGAUGAUGACAUUGAGUUUAACAUCAGCAGAUUUGCAGAGGACACCAAGUUGGGUGCAAGUGUUUGUCUGCUGGAGGGGAGGAGAGCUCUGGGAGGGACCUGCACAGGCUGGAUCCAUAAGCUGAGUUCAGUGAUAGGAGGUUCAACAAAACCAAGUGCCAGGUCCUGCACUUUGGGCACAACCCCUGCAGUGCUGCAGGCUGGGGACAGAGUGGCUGGACAGUGGCCAGGCAGGAAGGGACCUGGGUUGUGACUGACAGCAGCUGAACAUGAGCCAGCAGAGUGCCCAGGUGGGCAGGAAGGCCAAUGAUGGCUCCUGGCCUGGCUCAGGAAUGGUGUGGGCAGGAGCAGGGCAGUGAUUCUGCCCCUGCCCUCAGCACUGGUGUGGGCACAGCUCCAGUGCUGUGCCCAGCCCUGGCCCCUCAGCUCAGGAGCGAUGCUGAGGGGCUGGAGUGAGUCCAGAGAAGGGCAGCGAGGCUGGUGAGGGGUCUGGAACACAAAUCCUGCAAGGAGCAGCUGAGGGAGCUGGGAGUGCUCAGCCUGGAGAGGAGGAGGCUCAGGACAGACCUUGUCACUCCACAGGUACCUGAAAGGAGGGAGGAGCCAGGUGGGGUCAGGCUCUUCUCCAAGGCAACAGCAGCAGGACAGGAUGACACAGCCUUAAGCUGUGCCAGGGGAGGUUUAGUUUGGACAUUGGGAAGUUCUUCACAGAAAGGGUGAUUGGACAUUGGAAUGGGCUGCAGGGAGCUGGUAGAGUCACUGUCCCUGGAGGUGUUUCAGUAAAGACUGGAUGUGGCACUCAGUGCCAUGGUCUGGUUGGCAAGGUGGUGUUUGGUCAUGGACUGGAGUCAAUCUCAAAGGUCUUUUCCAAACCAGGUGAUUCUGUGAAACAUGGAGGGGUGUGAGGCACAAUAUCUGCUCUACCUAAUGAGGGCAAAAGCUCUGCCUUGGACUGCUUAAUUUCAGCAUCAGGAAGGUUGCAGGAACAGUAUUAUUUUGACUUAAUGGAUGUACCUGUGCUUAAGAGUGCAAGCUCUGUAUUGCCAUAACAAAACAAAAAAAAAUGGAAGGGGGCUGUUUAUAAAAUUUAAGCUAGCACUACUUGACUCAGGUGGAGAAGCUCUCAGGCCCAGAGGAAGCAGGGACUGCAGGGCCAGGUCUAGGCAACAGAAUUCAGUUUGUGUCUGGUACCUCACCAGGACUUGGCUUGGAAGGGUCAGUAGUGUUAAGUCCAGAGGAACCACAACACAUCACUCAGCUCCACCUGGUUAAGUUAAAUAAUUUUAUCACUUUUUUUUUUUUUUUUCUACUUAGAGCUGACCAUCUCUCAGUCUCUUGGGCAGGCUGACUUGCUUCCUCCAAGCUAGAGGUCUGUGGUGAUGCUGUAGAAGUGGGGGAACUCCUGUUGGCUUCCAGUGGAAGCUGCUUUUGAUCUCCCUGCAGUAUCUGCAGGGCAGGCAAGGGACACUAUCAAUGUGGACACAACAAACUGCAGAGGAUGCAUCUUACUGCUGUACCUUUAGGGGCUUUGCCCUCAGUUUUAACUUGCAGGAUAAGCUUUUAUUCAACUGUAAACCUAAAAACCCACUCAGACCAAAAGAAUGCCACUUGAUUUGUUAAGUAGUAAAGACUAAUGGGACUGACUCUGAAGCUGCAGGUUAGGGGAUCUCUUCUGCUGGGUGCAAGCAAAUAGUGACAGACUUGCAGGGCUUUUGGAUUCUGUUCUCAAGAGGCCUGCCUGGGGGAAGAGACCCUGACUGGUCCUCAGGUCACCCAUUAUCCCAGGAACUCGUCACACUGCUGUUCCUUCCAAGUGCAAGUGCAGCCCUCGGGGGAAAACUGUCGAAAGCUUCUUGUGCCAUUUGGUUAAUAAAAGUGUUUCCACCUUGACAAGAAAGUUCUUUACAGCUUCAUCAUUCAAUAUUCAGUUCAAGUGAAGGGGUAUGUACAUUUUUCCCUCUGCUAAUGGGACACUGCUGUAAGACCAUGCUCCCAGGUUGCACUUUAAUAAAUGGUACAGUUUUCAGAAACAA